AGAUAUCAACAGACAAGAGCAAUGGGAUACGGCCGCUCUGUUCAGGAGAGAAGAAUCAUCCUUAUCGGGAAACAAGGAGACGGCAAGAGCAGUGCAAAGAAUACAAUUGAAGAUCAUGCUAAAGAAUUGGCUGACUCUCUUCUCCUGAAUCACAGAAAGAUCACAGUUAUUGACGCACCUGAUUUCUUUGACACAGAUCAUGAUGAGAAGACCAAAUCGGUGAUCAUCCAGUCUCUGGUCGACAGCGCUGAAGGCGUUGAUGCCAUUGUCGUUGUUUUAAAGGUUGAAGCAUAUGUAACGCAUGAAGACAAGAUUGUGCGGCAAAUUCUGGACACGCUGAAAGAGGAUGCCCUGAAACACACAGUGAUCUUAUUCACUUCAGGAGAGGAGCUCAACGGCGAGGUCAUCGAAGAAUUUGUGUAUUGCAGUUUACAAAUGCAGGAGCUUGUAGAUAAAUGUGGAGGUCGCUGUCACGUCAUUGACAGCAAGCACUGGAAUGACCGUAACACAGGAUACAGGAGCAACAGAGAGCAGGUGAAAAGUCUGCUGGAUACCAUUGACAAGAUGGUAAAAGAGAACGGCCGCUACACCAAUAAGCUGAUGGAGGAACAAAUUCAAGAGCAGAUGAAGAAUAACAAGAAACCAGCUCAAUCAACUGAUUUUAUGCAUAAUAAAACUGUGGAGAAGGUUGCAGGAACUGCAUCAGGGGUGCUUACUGGUGCCAUCAUGGGCUUAGGUGUAGUAGCAGCUGCAAUAUUGGGUUUCUUGAAAAGCUCUGAAUAUGAAUUAUUAAAAGCCUUAUUUGGAGGUGCUGGAGAAGGAGCAACAGCUGGAGGAGGAGGAGGAGGAGCAGCAGCAACAGGAGGAGCAACAGCAGCUGGAGGAGGAGCAACAGCCGCUGGAGGAGGAGCAACAGCAGAAGGAGAGGCAGCAGCUGCGGCUGUGACUGAAGUAGCAGCAGAAGAAACAGGAGCGAUGGCUGAAGCUGUAGGAGCAGCUGAAGUUGGGGUUGCUGGUGAAGUAGCAGCAGGAGCUGCAGCAGCUGAGGUCGGAGUUGCUGGAGGAAUAGCAGCAGAAGCAGGAGCAGUAGCAGCUGAGGUCGGAGUUGCUGGAGGACUAGCAGCAGAGGCAGGAGCAAUAGCAGCGGAGGUUGGUGUUGUUGGUGGAGCUGCAGCAGCAGAGGCAGGAGGAAUAGCAGCAGGUCCAGUGGCUGCAGCUGUUGUUGCUGAAGUUGCUGUUGUAGCAGGAGGAAUUGGAGGAGGAUUCACUGGAUACGAAGCAGCAGAAGAUGCUGAUUCAGUGGGUGAUGCAAUUUGCAGGGCAGAACUGCUCUUCCCUGGUCUCAAACCCGGUGGUCGUCGUCAGCUUCUCUCUGUGUCUCAAGUCCACUGA